UAGUUGUGACAAUUUUGAGAAAUCUCCCAAUGUCGAGCGGACUUGGUACAGCAACAAUGAGUAUCGGCGUGAGCCACAGUAAUCCAACAAGUGACAACAUUACCAGCGGAUGUCGUCUCCGUGCCCAAUCUCAAGGGCAACAACAGACACCCCAACAAUCCCACCAGCAGCAGUCUCAGUCCCAACAGCAGACUUUAGCCCAGUCUGAUCAGACUCUCCAGGAGUGUCAACAACCAUCUUUAGGACAGAAAGAUCCUCGAUCAAAUCCACCCCAUGGACGGAGCAAGAAAGAUAAUUGCUGCUUGUGUUGGUGGUGUUGUUGCAGUUGCUCUUUGGACGGGAUAGAUGGCACUGGUACGGAAUGCUGUGGCCUAGAUGAAGUACGAUCUUGGGGAUCAUCAUUUGAUAAACUGAUGCGCAGUGCUACUGGCAGAAAACUGUUCCGCGAGUUCCUCAUGAGCGAGUACAGCGAAGAAAAUAUCGCAUUUUGGUUGGCCUGUGAGCAACUCAAGCGUGAAAAUAAUCCAGAAAAAAUAGAGGAAAAGGCGCGGUAUAUUUACGAGGACUACAUAUCGAUUUUGUCGCCUAAAGAGUGGUUUAAAUUGAAAUGUGUUGAU